CCUUAAACUGAAUCUCUCCCUACAUUCUCACCUUGAACAUCAAAGAAAUGAUGCAGUCAUAAUUAUUAGGUAUGAGGAACACAGGUAUGAGGCCCAACCUGAUCUGAUUAAGCAACACGAGAUGAUCAACGGAAAUUUAAAAAAACGACCUUGUGACUCUUUUAUUGGAAACACUUUUGACUUGCAAAUAGAAAUACAGGCAGCAGAGCUCUGACUGGGUCAUUGAAUACACAACACUCAAAGUUUAGGACAGCAAAAAUGAGGAGAAAACUCUUCACCUUCCUGACAGCUUUAAUUCUCCUCAGUCUGGUGUUUCUUGCUGAAGUUAUUUUCGACAGCAAAAACAGCUUUUUGACUUCUUUAGCAUUCCCAUAUCCUGUGCCAAAUAGAAAGCACACAUUUUUCUGGAAGGUAAAAGAGACUGAAGACCCACAAGUGACCCAAGGAACGACACAGAUGCAGGACCCAAAAGUCAGCCAAGGAACGACACACACCUCUACGAACAAGACUUUGGGACCCUGUACUGACCCUUCUCCAAAGCUUCUGGGACCUCUCCAAGUGGAGUUUAACUUGAAUCUGACUUUGGAGGAGGUGAGAAAGAAGAUCAGUCGUCCUCUCCAGGAGGGAGGACGGUACAAGCCACCAGACUGUAUCGCAACACAGAAGGUGGCAAUCAUCAUCCCAUUCCGAAAUCGACAUGAGCACCUCAAACACUGGCUGUAUUUUCUCCAUCCUAUGUUGAUGCGGCAGCAGCUGGACUAUGGUGUGUAUGUCAUCAACCAGGAUGGAGUAGGUGUGUUCAACCGGGCCAAACUGAUGAAUGUAGGAUAUGUUGAAGCCCUGAAGCAAUAUGAUUAUGACUGCUUUGUGUUCUCUGAUGUAGACCUGGUUCCCCUAGAUGACCGCAACAUCUACAAAUGUUUUGACAACCCCAGACACUUGUCUGUGGCUAUCGACAAACAUAAUUUUCACUUACCCUACAGAACCUACUACGGUGGAGUCUCUUCACUUUUCAAGGAUCAAUUCUUGAAAAUUAAUGGCUUCCCAAACAAUUACUGGGGCUGGGGUGGUGAGGAUGACGAUAUCUACAAACGAAUCGUCUUCCGUGGGAUGUCCAUUUCUCGGCCUGACUCUAAAAUUGGAAGGUACAAGAUGAUCAAACAUCGCAGAGACUUGCACAAUGAGGCCAAUCCAAAGAAUCAUGGCAUACUGAGACGCACCAAGAGCACCAUGGAUGUAGAUGGGAUUAAUUCCCUGAAUUACACAGUCAAGGAGAUUGUGAAGGAUGCAUUGUACACUUUUAUCACCGUGGAUAUUCAGGCUCCAGCAAACUAUAAAAACAUUUAAAACUACAUUUGGCACUUAAUAAAUUUGAGAGAGACACAACAGACUUUUCGUCAAGCAUGGUACUUGAAUACAAUUUGAAGGUUAGUUGAGGUAUUUAGAGAUAAAAUACAACAUGCUGUCAAAGAUAAAACCAGUGAUGUUUUUUUUUGUUUUGUUUUUUUGUCAUCUGGCAUCAUAUAAGAAAGCAGGAUUACAGUCACACUGAUGGACUGAUUAUGAUGUGAUCGCAGAAGUAUUCAGGUCUGCCACUUUAAGGAGGAACAACACUCCAGAAUGUAUUAAUAGUAAAUAGUCUACACAGGUUGAUGCAAAACAUUAAUUUGUCUGUCUGAAAUCUGACCAUUACUGAUCAAAGUCAAAGUCUAUCUUGAAACCAGUCCCUGUGACUAAAUAGUACAUGAGGUGGUGAAGGGAUUUUAUAUCUUUUACAUUUACUUUUACAGUUAAUUUGCAUCAUUUAGUUCUAUUCAUUCAUGUCAGAUGUCUGACAGAAUUUCAACAUCUUUCAUAUUUUUAUUGUUGUCAUAUGGGUCACACAGGAAAAGUACUAUGACAGUGAGAAACCUGUUAUUAUAUUUGUGGUUGAAAAUAGUUUUUACUUGGCUGUCGACCUACAGUCUGGCCCCUUUGUUGGAGGUGCUUCUAUCCAUCUGCUGAAUCUGUCAGUUACUAUCAAGAUAUAUUUGAAUCCUUUUCCUCGUUCUGUCAUGUCUAUAUGGUCCAUCAUUAAGUGUUGGAAUGGACCGUUUGGUGGUGGAAUGUGUGCAAGUGGUGCUGAAAAUGCUUUUCUUACAUUAAAGUGUACACACACUGUG